AUGCCAUCGUUGAAAGAAUUCUUCGAAAGUAAUGUACAUCGAUUACAACGACGAAUUGGUGGUGAAACAUUAAUUUUAUCAUUGAAAAAGAAAAAAUCAACAACAAUUUAUGCUGAAAAUCCUUAUCAAUUUACUGAUGAAAUUUGGAAUGCUAUAUUUGUUGAAUGUUCACCAUUUGAUUUAUAUUCAUGGCGUCGGGUUAAUAAAAAUUUCAAACGUUUAAUUGACAGUCGUUUCAAUAAUAUCCUUUAUUUGUAUGCUGAUCGAAGGAAUAUUGCAUCAUUGUUAGGCCAAGAAGGUAGCAGUGAUGGUAAUUUUUAUCGUCAUCGUAGUGCGCAAAUAUUACUAUGUUUGGACACUUAUAGUGCUAUGUUUAUUGUUCAUGAAAGAUGGACACCAAAAGAUAUUAGCAAAUUAUUUCAAGCAAUACAACUAUUAGCACCAUCGAUUCGAAAUGUUUCGCUUGAUAUGGGAAUCGUUGAAUUGAUCACAGCUGGCUUAUCAAGUAUGGAUUUUAAUCGAUGGCAUUCUUUUCAAUGUUAUUUAAAAACAUUAGAUGGACAAGCUGCUGAAGAUUCCGUACAUAUACAAUGUAUACCAUCUACUUAUCAAAGGACAUUCUUUCCAAAUGUUACUGAGUUUACGGUUCAAAUUGGUGAACGUGACUAUUCCGCAUUAACACGUUUGAUGGAUUAUUCGGUUGAUGCGCAAACACUUUUUUCGCUAAAUAAAAUUGAACUUUUUCGUGUACAUUUCAUUUCAUCCACUGAAACACAAAUGCGCUGUUGUUUUACAUCAGAAGAACGAUUUUCCAGGAAGCGAACAUCUAAACAUUUGCAAAAUUUCAAAAAAUGGAUCGGUGCUGCUAAUUUGGGUCAACGAUAUUGUCAACAAUAUUCAUAA